AUGGCGGAGGAGCUGCGGCGCGUGGUCAGGCAGUCGGAGCACAUGUGGGAGAUGGCCCUCGGGAGGAUGGCCGAGCACGUCUUUCCUUACAGGAAGACGAUGAGCCUGCUCGCCGAGCCGAUGCAGGACUACAUGGUCCUGGCGGCCAGGCACCAUGAGAGCCUGGUGUGGCUGCUGAAGCACCCUGACACGGACAAUUUCAACAGGCUCAUAUCGCUCACUCAGCCGAACACGGACGACGACCCCGUGAUCCUCGCCGCCAUCGCGUCCCUCAAGCAGACGCGCACCUUCCUGGCCGAGGCGCUGUACGCGAGGCCGCCGUACGCGGGCCUGCGGGAGCUGGUGCAGGAGCUGGCGCUGCUCCAGGUGGACGAGGCGGUGCACUCGGCGCUGCUCUCCGUGCACCAGAGCUACGGCCCCAUGAUGGAGCUCAUCACCACGCACUCGCGGACGCCCGGGGUGCAGGCCGCCCACGACCUGCGCAGGAUCUGCGAGAAGGGCCAGUGGAGGGUUGUGUGCACGACUGCAAGGAGGGUGAGCAGAUCCUCUGCAAGCUGCCGGACAGCGAGCUCAACUCCGAGGCCCUGGCCGAGCUUCAGCGGAAGCUGCUGA